AGCGUGUCAGCUCCGACCCCUCGGGCCCCUCGGGUCCGGGCGCCAUGGGCCGAUGGGACACAGGUGACCGGGAUGCGGGGCGAGAGCCCUGCCCGGACCGCAUCAUCGAGGACUUGGGCGGUGCCUUUGGCAUGGGUGCCAUUGGAGGUUUUGUGUGGCACUUUGUGAAGGGAGCGCGAAAUUCCCCACAAGGGGACAGGCUUCAAGGCGCUUUGUACAGCGCACGCAGCAGGGCUCCCAUUUUGGGAGGGAACUUCGCAGUCUGGGGUGGCACAUUCUCCUCGUUCGAUUGCUCUCUCCAGUACAUCCGGAGGAAAGACGAUCACUGGAACGCCAUCGCAUCAGGCUUCCUUACCGGUGGCGUCCUGGCCGCACGGGGUGGCUGGAAGGCGGCCAGCCGCAAUGCCGUCAUUGGCGGUGUGCUGCUUGCAAUUAUCGAAGGCGUAGCCGCGCUCCUCAUGAGGUCACUAUCAAAGACACCAAGGGAGAUGCACAUGGAGCAGAUGGAACAGGAGAGGCAAAUGAAGGACAACGGGGGAUGGCCCUCUUGGGUGAGAAGCCCCAUGAGCCCAAGCCCGCAGCCGCAAGCGUAAGCCGAGCCAACGGGUUCCAAACUCACGGAGAGCCAAGUUUCAAAUAUUUUCGUGCUCCGCGCGCCGGCCUCGCAUGUCGGCCGCGCGGGCUGGAUGCCAAGUUGUUUGAAAUGUUUGCGAAAGGCUUCCUCGCUGGACCGGUUGUAGCCGGGUCUUGAUGGCCUCACGGCUCCAGAGAGGCGCAGCGGAGCCAAUUCUCCGAGAACUGUC